AGCAAGGAAAAGAAAAAGAAAAAAGAGGAGGAAAAAUAGGCGAUUGGAGUGAGCCUCAUGUGAAUGCAACAUAACCCUCUUCACUGAGUAUUUUCGUAUUUUGCAGUGUGCUGUGAUUAUUUUUAACGCAAUGCUGACAAGGUUGUGACUGAAUCGGAGUUAGAUAUUUGUCUGCUUCUCUCCAGCCCCCCCCCAACCCAUGGUAUAUUGUGGAUAUUUGCACAGCUAGGGGUGAAGGCACUGGAGAAAUCAAAGAACAUAAUCCUCGCCAAGUUCUGUCUAGGGUGGAGUAGACCCAGAGGGGGUAAGUCGAUGUCGUCUGGUACUACAGCCUUACCGUGGUCAAGUUACUUCAACUCUUUUCACGUAGUUGGCAGGGUUCGCAGGAGGUGUCGGUGAGCUUCCUCAUUUGCCGAGGGUGGAUUAAAAUGGCGCUAUUUAAUUAUCCCGGCAAAUGGUAUGGACAAAGUCUGAUGGUAAUCAGCUCGAUCAGGCUUCAGAAACGCUGUCCCAGAUUGCGGUACCUGGAGUUAACAAACACGAGCACGACAGACCUUCCAUCAGCAGUCGAGCAUCAUGUUCAAACAUGGGGAUUCAAAUUAUCAAGAGUGAAAUUCAUAUUCAUUUGUUUUUGUUUCUUUAUGGUUUUCAAAAUAUACAAAUGGAAGUCAAUAUUGGCGGAAACGAGGACCCCUCACAAAAAAAUGACCGUAGAUGAAGUAAUAUUCUCAUUAUCAUGGGCUCCCUCAACCUCCAACUUUACCUCUUUCAACGACUCUUCCAGUGCUCAGCACAGUUUGGUCAGGCUAGAGCAGCCUAGGGCUCAGUACUGUGUGGGGGAUACACUGAAUGUGCUCGUGGAGAUGAGGAACUAUGCAGGGCACCCAAAAGCCUAUGGUGGAGACUUCAUCCUGGCCCGGAUCUACUCUCCAGAGCUUGAGGCAAGUGCAUCAGGAGACAUCACUGACUUCCAAAAUGGUUCCUAUCACGUGCAGUUCCGCUUGUUUUGGCCUGGAGAGGUGCAAGUCUCUGUGCUUUUGAUCCAUUCCUCUGAGGCAGUUAAGAUCCUCCAGAGAGACUGGAUGCAGGACUACAAUAAGAUCACACACAUAGGAACCUUUAUCGAGGGGGAAAAAGAAGAGAAAUCUCAAUGUGCCCUCCGCCUGAGCUCAAACAGACCCUUGUGUGAGUACAGGAAGAAGGAGGAUGGAGAAUAUUAUGCCUGCUAUCGUCCCAAGACCCUUCCCUGCAACUCUCUGACCAUCAUGCAGUCCUCCUACAACCAAUCAGAUCCUAAACUCACAAAGGAGGAGGCUCAGCUAUUAGCAAAGGAGAAUACUGGACUAGAAAUAGAAAAUGGCUUCAACCCUGUGACCGUCGUUGGUUGUACUGGUGCACUGCACAGACCAACGGAAAAGUGUGCGGUAGGAAUGAAUUCCCCUUUUCCUGGGGGAUAUUUCCAUUCAAAAAGGUGGUCUUCUUUCUUCUGUCAGAUAGGCCCCUUUCUCAGUAAAGUUACCAUUCAGAGAUGUUUAAAGAGGAAGACUCUUUAUCUAUUGGGUGACUCUACUCCACGUCAGUGGAUGGAGUAUUUGACAAGGCUGAACGUUGUGAAAAUUGUAUAUGGGUCUCGUUUUGACUCAUAUUUCGCUCAUGACGCCGAUAGCAAGAUCACCAUCCGGUGGAUAAAGCAUUCUCAUCCCUGGCUUAGCAAUUUUCCAUCCAACAUAAAGACAUCAGUCACCAUUCCACAAGUACUGGACCGCAUAGCAGUUGGUGGCAGGCGGAAGGAUGUGAUCGUGGUCAUCGGAAUCGGCCAGCAUUUCCGGCCUUACCCCCCAGAAGUCUUUAUCCGAAGGCUACAAAGUAUCCGCCGGGCGAUUCUGCGGUUACACGCCCACAGCCCCCAGACAGUUGUUGUUAUAAAGCUGGAGAACAGUAUUGCACUGAAGUCAUCGAUGAUAAGUGACAGCAACUGGUAUGGCUACAUUCAUAACCUGGCUCAGAGGAAGGUGUUUGAGGACCUAAACGUGGCUCUGGUAGAUGCCUGGGAUAUGACUAUUGCUGCGAACACUUUUAACGUCCACCCUAAUGACAUCAUUGUUUCUAAUCAGGUGGCUCUGGCUUUGUCAUUCUCCUGUCAUUAAGCAUAGGUUCUCUCAAAAAGGUUAUUUUAUGUUUCAAGCUGAUAUCCUGAGUGUAACCUCUAUUUUUUAUGAUUUUAGAUCUCCCCUCUCCCCUCUCCAACCUGACCCCAAAUGAACAGACCCCCCAUUAAUUUAGAUAUGUAAAGAUAUGUCCAGUGGGAAUUAAAGAUGGGUCCCUAGAGGGGACAUUCACAUAUAGACAGGACACAUGGUAGACAAUACAGGGAGUGAGGUCUACCUCUACCUCAACCACUUCUAAAGGUAGAGCUGGAUCCGGUAAAAGAGCUUGAUACCUUAAGAAGGUGCGCGGAUCACUGCGCUCAACCAUCGGAAGGCGGAAGGAUACGUGUGCAUUCAGCAGUUAUAGUUCCAACCGUCUAAGAUGUUAUGCUAACAUGGAAGCCAGUGAAUGCACAGAAAUGAAACUGAACAUCUCGUCUAAGUCUGGGUAAGUCGGAAAAAGGUAUAUUUCCCAAAGUGUUGAUGUAUUCCUUUAGGAGAAGUAUGAAAUAAAUAGGUUAUUUUACAUACCUGUAAAUUACAGCGCAAGAGUGAUUAUAGCUCCCAUUUGAUGGCGGUAGUCACGUUUAAGGACGAAAGCAUAAUCCACCCAUUCAGUCAUUCACUUAGGCCCCACAACUUUGAACUAUACAGAGGAAGUGAUAAACGGAUGGUUUAAUUCCCCUUGCAUCACCCUUCAGAUCCUGUCGACUGUCCAUUUGGGGAAAUGUGUAUCUUUGUUCCAGUGCAAUUCUUCGAUCUUCCUGGGAUUUUCCUUUACGCUGCUAAUAUCGUCUGCCAUCGAUGACAUUCUUAUGGUACGCACUGACAAAAACAAAACUGGUUACAGAGACAAAAACAAAUUUCUCGAUAGCACUCUUGUUGUAAAUAACUUACCAACUCUGCAUUGCUAUAUAGCUACUGUGUGUCAGAGAUGUAAUUAAAUUGAUAAAUAACACCCCACAUCAAAGGGAAUGCCUGCAUUCCAACUAGAGAACAUUAGGAACACUUUGAGAAAAUUGCAGUUGCAGGUUCUAUUGUCACAUAGACCUGGCCCUCAACUAGAGGCUAACUAAACUUCCCUCUUGUGGGAAGCUAGGACAUGACAUCAAAAAAGAAUGGUCAUUUGUUGAAGACAAUUGAACCACUGAAGGGCUGAAUUGGGGCUGGGGGCCUUAGUAAUGAUCCAUAGUAAUGAUCUUUCAAAAGCAAGAAGAGGCUUUUCUGUCCUAAAAUUACUUUCUUUGUCAGGUUGAAUAAAAAUAUUAAAUGUGACAGAUGGAAAAAUC